CGUCAGUUUGCUCCGCCCCUCGUUGGACCGCUGCACAACUGGUGAAACGUCAGGAGCUCUAGAAUAUCUUUACUGCGCUAUUUCAUGUGAAUUUUCCCGUGUCCACCGUUUAAAGUUUGGGGUAAAAAGGACGGUGCAAAUAUGCUCCUGAGACUCCUGGCGCUCUCGUGGCGGCCCGCUACCGCUCCCACUUCAUGCGCCGGCGUGAGGUGCUUGUCGUCGGGUUCUGCGAGCAUCACCGUCCCGCUGAACUUCUGGGCUGGACGGAGAAGGACAAGCAAAGCAAGCCGCGACAAGGAAAGCGUUUACGAACCAGCCACGGGCCGAGUCUUGUGUCAUUUGGAGCCGUGCGGUGGGGAGGAGGUUGAUCAGGCUGUGGAGGCAGCUAAGUCGGCUUUUGGCCCCUGGAGCAAAAUGUCGGGGAUGGAGAGGGCAAGGAUCAUGAUAGAAGCUGCUCAUUUGAUAGAGAGCAGGAGAGAGGAGAUCGCUGAAAUGGAGGUGGUCAACAACGGGAAGUCCAUCACGGAGGCCCGUCUAGAUGUGGACUCUGCUAGGCUGUGUAUAGAAUACUACGCAGGACUGGCCAGCACCCUCGCAGGCCAGCAUGUUCAGCUGCCGGGGGGGUCCUUUGCCUACACCCGCAGGGAGCCUCUUGGAGUGUGUGUUGGCAUCGGUGCCUGGAACUACCCCUUUCAGAUAGCUGCAUGGAAGUCUGCUCCCGCCCUGGCCUGUGGCAACUCCAUGGUGUUCAAGCCGUCACCGGUCACACCGGUGACGGCGGUGUUGCUGGCUGAGAUCUAUGCAAAGGCUGGAGCUCCAGAGGGGCUGUUCAACGUGGUGCAGGGGGGCCAGGAAACUGGCAGCUUACUGUGUCACCACCCUGAUGUCGCUAAGGUGUCCUUCACAGGAAGCGUUCCCACAGGACAGAAGAUCAUGGAGAUGGCAUCGAAGGGGGUAAAACCGGUGACUUUGGAGCUGGGGGGGAAAUCUCCCCUCAUCAUAUUUAAGGACAGCGAUCUGGAGAACGCUGUGAGAGGAGCGCUCAUGGCCAACUUCCUGUCUCAAGGACAGGUCUGCAGUAAUGGCACCAGGGUGUAUGUGCAGAAGGAAAUUCUGCCCGAGUUUGUUCAGGCCGUGGUUAAAAAAACGCAGGCGAUUCCAAUCGGAGACCCGCUGCUAGAGAGCACCAGAAUGGGGGCGCUGGUCAGUGGGCCGCAUCUACACAAGGUCUUAUCCUUUGUUGAACAAGCAAAAAAAGAGGGAGCCAAGGUGUUGUGUGGAGGAGAACCUUUUGUCCCGUCAGACCCCAAACUCAGCGGUGGAUACUACAUGACUCCAUGUGUGCUAGGUGACUGCACAGAUGAGAUGACCUGUGUGAAAGAGGAGAUCUUUGGUCCCGUCAUGUCUGUGCUGGCGUUUGAAACCGAACAGGAGGUUCUGCAGAGAGCCAACAACACUACAAUGGGCCUGGCUGCAGGCGUCUUUACAAGGGACGUGACGCGAGCCCACCGUGUGGUGGAGCAGCUCAAGGCUGGUUCCUGCUUCAUCAACAACUACAACAUCACUCCUGUGGAGGUUCCUUUCGGAGGCUUCAAAAUGUCGGGCAUAGGGCGGGAGAACGGCCAGGUGACCAUCGAGUUCUACUCCCAAAUGAAGACCGUGUUUGUGGAGAUGGGAGACGUGGACAGCCUCUUUUAGGCCAGCCGACCUCAGCACGUUGUAGCAGCAGCCCUGAGCCAGAGGCUGAAGGAGACGGCGCGGACCCAACCUGCCGUGGGCCAAAGAUUACACGAUCACCCCAGAGGUCCGGAGAAACGAGCCUUCAAUGACGGCCAUCAUGGAGUUAUAGACCCUCCUUCAGCAAUGACAUGUUUGCCACAGCAGCUUAGGAAAGGCAUAAUUAAGAGACUUGGAACAAAACAAGUGUUUUUAAUAAUCAAGCUUCAUUUCUGUAAACCUGCCUUUUUAUUUGAAAGUAAUCAGAACAACACAUUUGUAACUUUGUGUAAUAAAACGUCCUUCAGACUG